AUGUCAUAUUUCUCUGUUUAUAUUUUGACUCUCACUUUGUUCGCAACCUUUCUUCAGCCAAGUUUGCAGGACAAUUUAACACUAUGCCACGAGAACCAGACGGUUGAGAAAACUCCUCUAUUUCCAACAGAUUUAUUUAGCUUAGAUCAGAGGAAAAAUGGGGCUGUAGUACUUCAUGUCAUGGGUGUUGUUUAUAUGUUCGUCGCUCUGGCUAUUGUCUGUGACGAGUUUUUCGUGCCUAGCUUGGAUGUUGUCAUCGAAAAACUGGGUAUUGCUGAAGAUGUAGCUGGUGCGACUUUCAUGGCUGCUGGAGGUUCUGCACCAGAACUCUUUACUAGUGUUAUUGGAGUGUUUGUAUCAUUUGACGACGUUGGUAUAGGCACCAUUGUCGGUUCUGCCGUCUUCAACAUAUUGUUUGUUAUUGGGGAAAGAUGCCUGCUGCAGUACCGCAAGGACGUUGCACGCACUAUUAUCCAAUUAGCUGGCAUUGUGUGCAGUAGCGGGUCUUGCUAA